AUGUCGACGCUAACGCCUGAUAAGGCGGUCACGGCCAAGGAAGAUGAGCUUGUCAAAUCAAUCAAUGGAAUGGAAGGCUUUCGUCUUGAUGAUGAUCUGCCUUUCCGUGCCGGGCAUGGCACGCUUGGAAUCUCCACAACACUGCUCGCCAAUUACGUCGAGAUUCGUCCUGGAAAUCAGAAUAACCCACUGAUUCUCUACUCCUAUGGAAUCGAGAUCAAACCACAGCAGGAACGUGAUCAGGUUCCCGUUGGAAGGGCGCGACAGCAAAUCGUGCGAUUGGCCUUCCACAGAAGCAUGCCAGACAACCUUCAAAAGAACGCUUUCACCGACUAUUCCGAGUUCGUUUACUUCCGCACCAAGCCCCGUACGGCUUCGAACACAGUCGCCGUUGAAUACCAGGAUGAAAAUGAGACGGAGCCUCGGCCCAACCCGAAGAGAUAUAAUGUCAUGUUCAACUUCACCAAGACUAUAUCAAUACAAGACUUGGUCUCUUCUGUCUCCUGUACCAACCCCUCGGACCCGUCAUUCCGCAUUGCCAAGGGUCCUCUCCUCCAAGUGCUGAACACUUUCCUCAACCACCACGCUCGACUCAAUUACAAAUCACUACGACAGAUAGGAGGGAACAGAACAUUUUUGAUCAACAACGCAGCGGAAUGCCUAGAUCUCGCUGGCGGUCUUGUCUUAAUGCUCGGCUUCAUUGGCACUGUGAGAGCAGCCACCAACAGAAUUCUGGUCAACGUUCAAGUUAAACAUGGCGUUUUCUACCAAGACGGGCAGCUAGGUCAACUCAUGUCAGCCUUCACCGCGAAAGUCAACAACAUAGCAUUGCUCGGAAAGUUCUUGCGCAGAGUCCGUGUUCUUACCACCCAUAUUCUGGGGAAGAGCGGCAAACAGGUAGAACGCAUCCACACAAUCGCUGGCUUAGCCACGUUGGAUGACGGAAAGACAGGGAAUCACAAAAUGGCCCAGCCACCGAGAGUUCCAAAGCUCGGUGCUGGCCCGAAAGAUGUCUCCUUCUGGCUCAGCGACGAUAACGGAGGCCGCUAUAUUUCCGUCUACGAUUUCUUCAAGAUGAGAUACGGGAUCACGCUAAGCCAAUGCGAUCUGCCUGUCGUCAACGUCAAGUCCAAGCGGAACCCAACUUACCUACCUGCUGAGCUUUGUCGGGUCAUCCGCGGGCAACCGGCCAUGAAGAAGCUUAGUUCAUCCCAGACACAGACAAUGAUCCGGUAUGCAGUAAAGAAGCCCCAGAUAAACCAGAGAUCCAUCCUGAGUCACGGCCUGAAGAUUAUUGGCCUCGAUCCAAAAACUAAUCCUAAACUUGGGUCGUUCGGCAUCCAAGUCAAUCCGAAAUUGGUGCCAGUUCAAGGUCGGAUCUUGCAGGCGCCCAAGGUGCUUUACCAAGGCCAAAAGGCAGCAACACUCUCCAAGGCCAGAGCAUGGAACCUAUCAGGCUUCAGAUUUCAACAACCCGGAGAACUAUCUCAGUGGGCGUGGAUGCUGGUCUCAGUCCCCGGUUUCACGCACAGUGAGGACCUGGGAUAUUUUGAACCCCACAUUCGAAGGUUCCGGCGCUCAGUAGCAAGUACUGGUAUCGUGAUGUCGGAACCUGCUGCCAAUAAACACGUGCGUCUUCACAGUGUGGAUGACCCUGAGCUUGAUGGUGUCAUAAAGCGUGCUGCAGGCCGCUAUCAGAUGCUGUUCGUCAUCCUUCCCAAGAAGAACUCAAUCUACAAGCGGAUCAAACAUUUGGGAGACGUCAAGUAUGGUAUUGUAACAUGCCACAUGGUUGCAGAUAGUCUGGUAACCAAGGGCAAUCAAUACUGCGCCAAUGUCGCAGCGAAGGUCAACCUCAAACUUACAGGUAGGAACCAGGAAGUCGAGAGAACUCGACUGCCUAUCGUUUCUGAUGGCUGUACAAUGAUAAUCGGCGCCGAUGUAACACACCCAACCGCUGGCAUCUCCCAAGAUUCAGCGCCGAGUAUCGCUGCCCUGGUCUCCAACAUCGAUGCAAAGCUUGCGCAGUGGCCAGCAGCGCUAUCUGUUCAGGAUGAAGCGCGCGAAGAGAUGAUCAGUGGUCUCAAGGCAAUGCUCGUUUCGCGAUUACAGAGCUGGGUGGCAACGAACAAGCAGCACCCACAGAACAUCAUCUACUACCGAGAUGGCGUUUCGGAGGGCCAGUACGAGCUGGUCAUCAGCCACGAAUUGGCUCUGCUGCGCGAGGCUUGCAAGGAGAUCUACCCUCCAGAAGCCACGAAGAAGGAUUUCCCUCGCAUCUCCAUCAUCAUUGGGGGCAAGAGACACCACUCCCGUUUCUACCCGACGCAGGCAAAGCAUACUGACAAGAACAACCCUUUGCCCGGCACCGUGGUAGACCGGGGCGUUUUACCGGCCGAGCGCUGGAGUUUCUUCGCGCUGCCGCACUCGGCGCUGCAAGGCACCGCCCGCCCGACUCACUACACCGUCAUACACGACGAGGUUUUCCGCACCGCCUUCCGAGAGAAUGAGAAGCUGAGACAGGUGUACAAGAACGCGGCAGACCUUGUCGAGGAUCUCACCCACAGCCUGUCCUAUACCUACGGAAGAGCGACCCUGCCGGUGAGCCUCUGCACGCCGAUAUACUACGCACAUCUCGCUUGCGAGCGAGCGCGCUGUUACCUGAGCAACCUCUACGACACAAGCCCUGACGUUUCCGUCGACGGCAGCAGUGCCCAGGGACAGACGCCACUUAUCGACAUGAACGCAGAGACCAAGCUCCAUGGCAGGCUCAAGGACAUCAUGUUCUACAUCUAA